AUGUUCUGGAAAAGGGGUGCACAUGUCGCAGGCUACGUAAGGUGCCGGAAUUUCUCAGGUCUCCCGAAACGUCCCCCCAAUUCUUUGACAUCUCAAUCCCGUUCCACGGGCCAGAUCCGUCGAGUAUCAAACGAUGACCCAGCUCAAGGACCAACGGAUAAGGCGGCUCAACCCGACGUCCCUCCUCACCGUGUUCAAUAUUUAGAAGAUGUCAAAGUGCUCGGAAAACCCGCCCAUGUUGUCAUCGUGAAUAAGAAGCCCCGUCGCCCUCAAAAAGUCGCCCAGACAAACACUGAUAAGGGCCCCUGGAAGAGUCCAGCCGAACUGUUGAAGGAUCUACACAGAGAAAAGGCCGACUUCAAGCUUGAAGAAUUAGAAGAGAAUUUUGAUCGACUUUGCGCUCUGUAUAGUCCUGGGCAAAACCUUCUUUUGAAUGACUGGGAGCACCUUCACAAAACGCUCAACGAUGGGUUCACCUUUGAGCAGCUAAAAAAAUACUAUCAGAAUGCUGAACGAAAUACCGACGAUAAAUAUCAGGAUGGGUGGAGGGCCGGGAUUUCCCCUUAUAUGGACCAGGCACCAGCCCCCCAGAGCCGAAUCACAACUCGGAUUCCAGCUUUCAAGGAGAUGGGGCCUAAGAAAAGACUGGUAGAAAGAAUACUAAGAGAAUGCUGGGGAUUAUCUAUAGAUGGCGAGGAAGGCCAGCUUGAUGUUCAUUUGGAUAGGCGCCCCAUGUCGGUUCUAUUACUUCCCACUAUGCCACUCAUGAACAUGUUCGCAGAAUCCCUUAAAGUCAAUAUUGACGUAUCUCGGCAUCUCGGAUUAAUAAGAAUAACAGGUAGCAAGGAGGCGUGUAUGGAAACAAGUCGGCAACUUCACGAGUGGGCUUCUGAUGUUCGGUCAAUGGAUACUGAUCUACCCGUUGCACAUCUAAAAUCUAGAGCGGAUAUGAGUUACUGGGAGAACACUCUUCUCCCCUGGAUACAAAGUGAAUAUAAUGUAUCAUUGGAGAUUAAUUGGGAGGAGGAAGUACUGACUAUCCAUUAUUUGCAUGGCGCUGAGUCUAAUGCACAUCGUGCACGACAAACGCUACAUCUUGCAGUACCUCCUCCACAUCAGCAGGACGGGUUACUUACAAAUGUUAGCAACUCAGAGAGCGCACAUUUAUAUCCUGUGAGUUGUCCAGAUUCUAUGAAGCUACCGGAUCGACAGAAGGAAUGGUUAAGAUGGAUAAAAAUUGGAGAAGGCGAUGGGAGGGUUCCUGGAAGACCUCCUGCUUCUAUAUAUGGGAAAGGGUCGGUAAAACCGUUCCAUACGCUUUUGGAACGGCUAUUCGAUGGAGAGGACUCUAAUACCCAACACACACUUGACCCAGAGUUCACUCGAGAAGUCAUUACGGCAACUGUGGGACAGUGCCUUUUCGAAAGUGCGCCUUCAUAUAAUUCCGAACAGGUGUCUUUCCCUGACAUUGAAACUUCACAAACUCCAAGAAUUUUUAUUAACGAAGUGCCGAAUACCCUCCCAUUUUUGGACUCUUUGGAGAAUGUGGAAAAUAAUGAUAACACAAGUAGCUUUCGCAUACGGCUCUUGCCUUCACGUAACGGACAUCCACCGCUGCCAGAAUUAGAACUUGAGCUAGAAAUUGUCUUACCAGAAGAUAACGAAGACGUAUCAAUCAGCCCGAGAAUCCGGAAAGUGAGCGCCAUAGUCACUAGUCGAGAUGUGGACAUGCUACUGCCCGAAAGCCCUUUAGAUAUCCGAUUCAACAAAACAGUCUACUAUUGUCUCUUCGAGCCGGAUAGCACUAAGGGUAAUCCUCACCCCGCAGCAGCGGACUCUGAAUUCUUAUCUAGCCUCAAUAAAUGUGUUGAAGUGCUUAAACUCAACAUGCCUCUCACACGCAAUCAACCUCUGAUGCCUCUAUUUUGCAACCUUACGAUUCCAAAGAGAGUUGCUGCCCUUCUUGAUUCGUCAGAAUCAUCCCAAAGUGCCUCGCCAAAGACUACUGAGAAAACGGAAUAUAUUACUGGAGAAUAUUACAUCUACCCUCCAGUGCAGUCCCUUGCAGAAGCUGGAGUCUCCAGAUACAUCUAUAAAGAGUUUGACCUCACUUUUGGUACCCGAGAUUUGGGACCUUACCUUCCGACUAAAACUACAGAUAUUAGCCUUACCCUUGGGCUGCAUGAUGAUGAACGGCGGCCACAAGCCGCGCUGCCUAACAGGAAACUAAGCUCGUUAACACAAGCCGGGUUGACAGCUGGCUCCCUUCGAACUGCAUUGCUGCCGUUCUAUCUCAGUUCCUGUCACUUGGCAUUUGGGUUUGCGGCUCUCCAGCAACGACUUGACCAAGACCUUCUUGACGAGGAGCUGUUCGACGAGAAUCUACCGGAUAAGAAACUCGAUCAUGACCCCUAG